UGACAGGGCUGCAGCGCGAGGGGCCUGGGUAGCAGCGCAGUAGGUCCCGUCCCGGGCCCCUGCCCGCCUAGCCUGUGCCCUGCCGCGCUGCUGGGCUGAGAGCUGCGCCCCACAGGCCCCGACCCCCCACUGCUGGCGUCCUCGGCGGUGUAAGCCCCGAGCUGGAUUGUAAAGCCGGCGGGCCCUCCUAUAACCCGGCCAGGAGGCGCCUGGAUGGUAACCUGGACCACGCACAGUGUUGCUCGCUCUUCUGAUUUUCAGUGGGAGUCUUGCAAUAACUGGAGUUAAGGGUUCUUAAAGCCCCAGCUCCUGGAGUCCUGCGACUAGCACCAUGUCUCAAAAGCAGCGGGAUCUGCUGGAACUGGGGCGGCUUGAAUACUUACAAGCGCUGGUCACUGAGUUCCAGGUAACAGAGAGUCCAGAAGCCAAGGAGCAAGUAUUGGCUAAUCUAGCCAACUUCGCCUACGAUCCCAAGAACUAUGAAUAUCUCCGACAGCUUCAAGUCCUUGACCUGUUCCUGGAUAUGCUCACAGAGGACAAUGAGAUCCUUGUGGAGUUUGCAAUUGGUGGUCUUUGUAAUCUCUGUCUGGAUAAAACAAACAAGGACUAUAUUUUGGAGGCAGAUGGGGUGGCAUCUGUAAUAAACUGCUUAUCCAGCUCAAAUGAGGAGACAGUGAUGUCGGCAGUCACUACUCUGAUGUACUUGACCACACCACAGUCUCGCCAACAGACCACAGCAUUCCCGGUGGUGGAGUGCAUGUUACGUUUCUCCCUCUCAGCUAACAGGAGGCUAAGCAACCUAGCAAGGGUCUUCCUUGAGGAUUAUUGCUCUCCUGUGCAGGUGGAGGAGGCUAGGAACUUGAGCAAACAUACAGCUGUAGGGAUCCCGCUCCCAAAGGACUGAUGUUAUGCAGGGCAGAUGGAGUAGUUUAAGAUUAUUAUUGCGUGAGAAUAUUCUUGACUCCAUCUUUAGAGCCCCCUCCACCUGCAGGAUAGGUCAGGAGGCUGGUGAAAGUAGUGAAAGACAUUCCUAAAAUUCUGCCUCAGUUUGAAAGGGGCAGGUGGGGAGCCGGGACAUGGGUCCAGAAGACAGGAUUAGCAGCUAAACUGCUACAAAACAAAUUAUGGCUGUUAGAGAGCAGGACAAGUGACUCCUGAACCAUCAUCCAAAUAACCAUUUCUGAUGUUACCAUUUCC